AUGGGCAUCAAUAACCCCCUUCCGUCGUCUAUGGCGUCGGAAUGCAAAAAGUGCGGCAAAAUUCUCUCCUCCUUUAUCGAUCCCCGACAAGCCUUCGGCCCCGAGAAAGUGAUCCCGCCAUCCGUCUUGGCCAAUGCCAAGGGCCUUGCGAUCCUCACAGUUAUCAAAGCCGGUUUCCUCGGAUCGGCCCGUUUCGGUAGCGGCCUGGUCGUAGCGCGGUUGCCAGACGGGACAUGGAGCGCACCGACCGCCAUUGCGACGGGCGGCGCUGGGUUCGGUGGGCAAAUCGGUUUCGAGUUGACCGAUUUCGUCUUCAUUCUCAACGACGCGAGCGCCGUGAAGACCUUUUCGCAGGCCGGCUCGCUUACACUUGGUGGCAACGUGUCGAUUGCGGCUGGGCCCGUUGGCCGCAACGCCGAGGCUGCUGGUGCUGCGUCGCUACGCAGUGUCGCCGGUAUCUUCAGCUACUCCAAGACGAAGGGCUUGUUCGCGGGCGUGUCGUUAGAAGGUUCGGCUAUCAUCGAGCGCAAGGACGCUAACGCCAAGCUGUACGGGCGACAAGUCUCGGCGCGCGAGCUACUCAGCGGCGCCGAGCGGCCGCCUCCGCAAGCAGCGCCGCUGCUCAGCAUCCUCAACUCGCGCAUUUUUAGGGGCAACGGCGGGGGGGCUGCGACAGACGACCGCAUGUACAAUGACAUUCCGGUCUACGACGACAACCGGGACAAUGUGGUGUGGGGGAAUCAGACCGGGCCCGGGUACGGCGAGGGCCAACCCCGCGACCACUACGGCGCUCCUGGUGGACAGGGUCACGACGAAUUCGGCCGACCCCAGCGCUCGGCGACAUGGCAGGAUGAUGUGUACGAUCAACAACCCAGAAGCUUUGGGCAGCAAUCCAGGUCGAAUACCUUCCAAGAUACCGGGUACGCAGCUGGCGCUGCGGCUGCGGCGGCGACGGAAAAGAAGUCAGGGCCCGCUCGGCCGGCCGCACCCAAGCCGAACUAUGCAAGUAAGGAGGCACUGAUCAAGAAGAACGAGGCCGUCGCCUUGUUCACGUUUGAGGCGGACCAGCCGGGCGAUCUUGGGUUCCAAAAGGGGGAUAUUAUUACCGUACUUAAGAAGACAGAAAGUGAUAACGACUGGUGGACGGGUAUGAUUGGAACCAAACACGGGAUAUUCCCCAGCAACUACGUGAAGAUGAAGGAGUAG